CUAACUUCUCAAAAUGGACUUACCGUUUUAUCAUGGAUGCAUAAGCAAACAAGCUGCUGAACAUCUGCUGAUGAAACAAGGAAGAAAUGGAAGCUACUUGGUGAGGGACAGUGAAUCAAUGACUGGAGCAUUAUGUCUGUGCAUCCUAUUUGGAAGACUGAUCUACACCUACAGAAUAUUCCAAACUAGUAAAGGGUACAAAAUACAGACUGCCUUCGGAGUUAAAGAAAACGUUUUCAAAGACAUAAAGGAUCUUAUUUCCAAUUACGAGAAGCCUAACAGAGGUUUGGUGCAUUGUCUUCUUCAUCCUGUAAACGUAGAGAGAAUUUCCCUAGGCUCCUUAAAACAAAGAGGUUCCAUGAGAAGUUUUGAAGAAGUAGAAGACACUUAUGCAGAGGUUGAUGAUCGAGAUUAUGUUGAAGUAUUGCCUUCUUAGAUUUUUUAUGUAAUUGCUCAUAUACCAUGAAAGCGAGGAAAAGAAGUAGACAAAAAAGGAGAAAGAACACAUCUACAGUACUUUUUUCUUGAUGACCUAUAAUGAACCAUUAAAAGGACUGUGGCUACCUCUAUUUGUAUGGAAUAUGAACUGGAACGGUUAUCUUCUGAACAGUGGAAACACUCCUGACCCACCAGACUUUUUAUAUUCAAAAGUGUAUAAUGUAAAUAGCAAUUUUCUGCACAUACAAUGCAUAGUUUCAUAGAUCU